AUGGAUGCCCAGGUAGCUUCGCAAGCAUCACCUUCUUAUCUCCCUUCACUCCAAAGCAAUGACCCAUCAUUCGCACCUGUGGUCGCGGCCCUCGGUUGCUCCUUCUUGUUCGUCGUCUUCUUCACCUUCUAUCUCCGCUACUGCUCCGACACCAACCUCACCGUCGCAGACCAGCCCGUAGCCGUCACCGUCAAUUAUUACAGACCCCACGAAUCUCAAGGUGUCGACUCCAAAUUACUUCACACCUUUCCCAUCCUCACGUAUUCCAACCUUAAAGAUCUCAAGCUUGGUGGGAAUGCCCCGCUGGAGUGUGCGGUGUGCUUGAUCGAGUUCAAACACGACGACAUGCUCCGAUUGCUUCCGAUAUGUAACCAUGUCUUCCACCCUGAUUGCAUCAAGAAGUGGUUAGCGUCUCACGUGACCUGUCCAGUUUGUCGAGCGGCGUUGAGGCCGGAGCGCCGCCAAGGUGAGGAGGAGAUGGCGGUGGUGACUCAGAACGAGGCGAGUGAAGCCGAGGAGGAGGUUGCUGAUACAUGGGCAAGACAAACGACGAGGGCGGCGGCGGCGGAGGAGGAGGGUAGUUUUGGGGAGAGAGGAUUGAGGAGGAGUCAUUCAACGGGUCACUCUUUGGAUUUGGAGGAAUGGAGAGGGAAGGAUGUGGAAAUGUACAUUCUGAUGAGGUUGAGGGAGGAUGCGAGGAAACAGAUGAUGGUGGAUCACAGCGGAAUUCUGGGUUGCAGUACCCCGACGAACUCCGAUGUGUUUCGGGGACGACGUGAAGAUGAAGGAAUCAGUGGAGGACGGUCGGUUCUUUCUGAAUGA